GGCCGCCACCGUGUUAUGGGCAUGCGCAACUGCCUCUACGGCAAUAAUAUGUCAGGACAACGCGAUAUCCCCCUUGAGCCCGAGGAACAGCCCGAGCAACCAUCUUUGGAGGCCUCAGGGGCAGCUGCCCCCAGUGCUGGGCCUGGCGCAGCCGAAGAAAUGGAGGCCCCAUCGCCUCCCAGGGAGCCCGUCCCCAUCGAGACUGAAGGCGAGGCCUGUGGACCUCCAGAGGCCUCCAGACCCAACGGCCAGAGUGAGGCAGUCCAGGAAGCCGGAGCCCAUGGAGGCUACAGCCCACCUCCAGAGGAAGCCAUGCCCUUCGAGGUCAAGCAGCCCAGCGUGGGAGGCUUCUGGCCGGCCCUGGAGCAGCCUGGAGACGCCAGGGGGGCCCUUAGCCCAGGGCUCGUGCAGCCCGGAGCCCGCAGGGAGGCCAGACCAGACCUGGGCAGCUACAGCCCUCCGCCCGAAGAGGCCAUGCCCUUUGAGAGCGAGCAGCCUGCCCAGGGAGCGUGCCGCCAGCCUCUCCUGCAGAUCUGCGCGCUCGCGCCAGGAGGCCCGGCCGUGGGGGUCUUUAGCGCCCCCUCAGAGGAGCCCCAAGUCCUCAGACCUGCCUACGCAGGCUGCGGAGGAAACUGCAGCCCUCCCCCUGAGGAGGCGAUGCCAUUUGCGUUUGAUGGAGCAGCCUUGGGGGACGACAGCCCACCCCCUGGGCUCCCCCGAGCUACCCUACAAAUCCACGACGGUGGCGGCGGCCACUUCGCGGCAGUCGCGGAGCCGCGUGCGAUCCUCCUCGCUCCCGCCGCGAACGAGCCCCCCCUCUGGGACCCAGGAGCCAGCGUCAGCACAUCCGGAGAGGCUGUCAGAGCUCCUCCACACUUCGUGGGCGACAGCCCCCCGAUGGAGGUCUCCGGACCCCAGCUCGAGAUUGGUAGCGCCCCCGCUGGGGUCGACGACGCUCCCGUCAACAUGGACAGCCCCCCAGUCGCGCCUGACAGCCCGCCCAUCGAGGUCUCCGGAGCCCCAGUUAAGAGAGAGCGAGCAGAGGGAGAGAGACCCCCAGUUGAAGGCGAAGCAGCCGAGAUGGAAGGAAGCUCAGCCGCUGCAGCCGCAGCCGCAGCCGCAGAGGGAGACAAACUCCCGUCUCCCGGAGACGGAGACCGACACCGAGACGGAGACGGAGACGGAGACGGAGACCGAGCUCCUGUCGCCGGGGCCCCUGCUGCCGCCCCCGAAGCUCCAGACGCCGGGGCAGCCACCGAUGCCUCAGCUGCCCCAGCAGCUCCGGAAGCCCCAGCAGCUCCAGAAGCCCCAGCAGCUCCAGGAGCCCCAGCAGCUCCAGAAGCCCCAGCAGCGCCCGCUGCCCCGGCCACUCCAGCCGCCCCGGCCGCUCCCGCCGCCCGAGCAGCUUCUGCUACCCGGCCCGCUCUCGCCGACAGGCCCGCUCUCGCCCCCCGGGCCGCAAGCGCCUCCCGGGCCACUCCUGCCCCCCGGCCAGUCCCUUACGCUGCAGCUGCCUGGGCAGUCCCAGCCUCCUGUUAUGGUCCAAACGCUCCAGCUGCCCGCGCCGCCCGAGCCGCCCGAGCCGCCCAAGCAGCUCGAGCCGUGUCUGCUGCCUGGGCAGCCCCAGCCCCAGCCCCAGCCCCAGCUCCAGCCCCAGCCCCAGCCAGCGGAGCCCGCCCCAACCCCCGUUUCCUUAGACCCCCCAGCCCCGAGAUCCAGGCUGCCGAUCCGCCUACUCCGCAGCCUGCUCGCGCGUAUGCCUGGCGGGCCCGGUCCGAGCGCGGCCGCGACGACGGAUCGGGCAGCAGCAGCGAUGAGUCCGACGAGAGGACCUUCGGAUGCUACGUCUGCUGCCGGCCAAAGCGAAGUCGCUCCAGACCAAAGCCGAAGCGUAACUUGUUCCGCAACUUCGUCGAUCGGGCCUUCCAGAGCUGCUUCGGCCAACCUGAGAACGACGAGUUCAGAGCCCCGCACAGUCCCAAGGUCACGACGAUUCCUAUGGUGGAGACUUGCAGACCGAUGUGCCUGGAAACCCAGGAGCAGCGCUUCCAGAUGCGCGAGCAGAGGAAGCGCAGCCAGCUCAUCGACAGGCAGCUACAGGAGGAGAAGAUGGGUUACACGUGUACGCACCGCCUGCUGCUUCUAGGUGCGGGAGAAUCUGGUAAAAGCACCAUUGUCAAGCAAAUGCGGAUUCUGCAUGUUAAUGGGUUUAACGGAGAGGGCGGCGAAGAGGACCCGCAGGCUGCCAGGAGCAACAGCGAAGGUGAGAAGGCCACCAAAGUGCAGGACAUCAAAAACAACCUGAAGGAGGCCAUUGAAACCAUUGUGGCCGCCAUGAGCAACCUGGUGCCGCCCGUGGAGCUGGCCAACCCCGAGAACCAGUUCCGCGUGGACUACAUUCUGAGUGUGAUGAACGUGCCCGACUUUGAUUUCCCUCCCGAAUUCUACGAGCACGCCAAGGCUCUGUGGGAGGACGAGGGCGUCCGAGCCUGCUAUGAGCGCUCCAACGAGUACCAGCUGAUCGACUGUGCCCAGUACUUCCUGGACAAGAUUGAUGUCAUCAAGCAGGACGACUAUGUCCCCAGCGAUCAGGACCUGCUUCGCUGCCGUGUCCUGACUUCUGGAAUCUUUGAGACCAAGUUCCAGGUGGACAAAGUCAACUUCCACAUGUUUGACGUGGGCGGCCAGCGUGACGAGCGCCGCAAAUGGAUUCAAUGCUUCAAUGAUGUGACUGCCAUCAUCUUCGUGGUGGCCAGCAGCAGCUACAACAUGGUCAUUCGGGAGGACAACCAGACCAACCGCCUGCAGGAGGCUCUGAACCUCUUCAAGAGCAUCUGGAACAACAGAUGGCUGCGCACCAUCUCUGUGAUUCUGUUCCUCAACAAGCAAGACCUGCUCGCUGAGAAAGUCCUUGCUGGAAAAUCGAAAAUUGAGGACUACUUUCCAGAAUUUGCUCGCUACACUACUCCUGAGGAUGCGACUCCUGAGCCUGGAGAGGACCCACGCGUGACCCGGGCCAAGUACUUCAUCCGCGAUGAGUUUCUGAGAAUCAGCACUGCCAGUGGAGAUGGGCGCCACUACUGCUACCCCCACUUCACCUGCGCUGUGGACACCGAGAACAUCCGCCGUGUGUUCAACGACUGCCGCGACAUCAUCCAGCGCAUGCACCUCCGUCAGUAUGAGCUGCUCUAAGAAGGGAACCCCCAAAUUUAAUUAAAGCCUUAAGCACAAUUAAUUAAAAAUGAAAUGUAAUUGUACACGCAGUUAAUCACCCACCAUAGGGCAUGAUUAACAAAGCAACCUUUCCUUUCCCCCUUGAGUGAUUUUGCAAAACCCCCUUUUCCCUUUCAGCUUGCUUAAAUAUUCCAAAUUUAGAAAGCUUAAGGCGGCCUUCAGAUAAAGAAAAAGAAAAAAAGGCCAAAAUGGUUCCCUCUCUCUUUAAGUAACUAAAAUUAACAGCAGCAAACAGAAAUAAAAGAAAUAAAUGAAUUAAAUGAAUUAAAUAUUGUCUUGUGCAGCAUUAAAAAAUCAAUAAAAAUUUAAAAAUAGCA